AUGUCUAAAACUCUGUAUUACUGCGAAUUUGGUGACCCCGUUAAAGUGGUCAAACAGAAAGAAUUAACGUUAACGCCUCUUCAAUCUCAUGAAGUACUUGUCAGGAUGUUAGCAGCACCAGUAAAUCCGGCGGACAUAAACACCAUACAAGGAAAAUAUCCUUUGAAAACUAAUUUGCCCACUAUACCGGGGAAUGAAGGUGUUGGUAUUGUAGAGGAUAUUGGAGAAGAUAUUGAUGACAUAUGCCCAGGUGACAAGGUUAUUAUAACUAAACCAGGAAAAGGUACAUGGCGUACUGUUGGUGCUUUCGAAAAGAGAGAUGUAAAAGUAAUUCCUGAAGAUUUGGGACUAGUUGAAGCAGCAACACUUUCAGUUAACCCUUGCACUGCUUACAGGAUGUUAUCAGACUAUAAACCAGUAAAAGAUGGUCUUGUUGUUAUACAAAAUGGUGCAAAUAGUGCAUGUGGACAAAAUGUUAUCCAAAUAUGUAAAGCCUGGGGUGUCAAAAAUAUUAAUAUAGUGAGAAACAGACCUGAAAUUAAUGAAUUAAAGAACUAUCUUGAAAGCUUAGGUGCCACCUAUGUACUUACAGAAGAAGAGUUACGUAAAACAGAUAUAUUCACAGAAAAUAAGAUUGAUAAACCAGCAUUGGCAUUAAACUGUAUAGGGGGCAAAAGUGCAUUAGAAAUGAUGAGACAUUUGGAACAUGCCGGUGUAAUGGUGACUUAUGGGGCUAUGUCACGAGAACCUAUAAACAUUCCAAAUUCAUUACUUAUUUUCAGAAAUUUAUCAUUCUUUGGGUUUUGGAUGACAGCUUGGAAUCAUCAAGCUUCAUCAGCAGAAAAAGAAAAAAUGAUGGAAGAUAUUAUAACUUUAAUACAUGAAAAUAAACUGAAACCUCCUAUUUAUAAAAUGUACUUAGAUUUUAAUUUAAGGAGAAAUUAUUGCUUGCCACGCUUACCCACUGUACCUGGAGAUGAGGGAGUUGGAGAGGUAGUAGAAAUUGGUAAUAAAGUAAGCUCUGUAGAUAAUGGUGAAAGGGUUGUGUUAACUACGAGAUGUCUUGGUACCUGGCAAUACUAUGGCAUUUAUGAUGAGAGAGAUGUCCAUGUUAUAUCCCCUAAGAUCCCCCUUCCUGAAGCUUCCAUGUUAACUAUAGCUCCAUGUACAGCUUAUAGAAUGAUUAGAGAUUUUAGAAAAUUAAAGCCUGGAGACACUGUAAUUCAAAAUGCUGCAAACAGUCCAUGUGGCCAAAAUAUUAUACAACUUUGCAAGGCAUGGGAUAUAAAUACUUUUAAUAUAGUUGCAAAUAACUAUUGUUAUGAAUCUGUGAAAACCCAUCUCUUAAAUAUAGGUGCAACAGCAGUUUACACACUUGAGGAAGCAGAAGAACUUACAUCUUUUAACACAUCUUUGGCUAGGCCAAUAUUAGCCUUGAACUGUCUAGGAGGAAGAUUCGAGGAUGUUUUACUAAAACUACUUGAACGAAAUGGUACUAUUGUAUAUUACGGAUCUGCUUUUGACAUACCAAUUGUAAAACAUGUACUGCGUAGUGAUGUUGCAUUUAACAAAUUUCAUCUUUGUGAAUGGGAUUCUCGAGCUGGCAUAUUAGAAAAAGAUAUAAUGAUGAAUAAUAUUACUAAGUUAAUGGUUAUUGGAAAAUUAAGAGCUCCUCUAUAUCAGCCAAUUGAAUUGAAGAACUUUGUUUUUGCUUUAAAAAAUACAGCUAAUUGUGAAGCCUUUUCAAUGAUUAAUUAUGUAUUUGAUUUUACUUUGCCA